CUUGACCUGGUGGUAGAGGAGACGGACCGCGAACCGGGGACUAAAGAAGUGCAAGAAGCUUUCCACAAUGAAUUUAACAUAUUAGAAAGCUGCGUCUGAAACAGAGACAGUGGUGGUUUAUGUUAUCUCACUAUUAAUUCACACGGCCUCGUUAGAAAAUGACUAUUUUCGGCGGAAAUCCAGCGGAAGUAAUGGGACACAGUGGCUUUUAAUAAAUACUCUUUUUUUUGGUGAAUGACACUGUAUCAGAGAGCCUUCGUACGUGAAAACGACAGAGAGACAUGGCUGACAGAACUGCUCCCAACUGCCACCUGAGACUGGAGUGGGUAUACGGAUACCGGGGACACCAGUGCCGCAACAACCUGUACUACACCGCCGCCAAGGAAAUAGUCUAUUUUGUGGCCGGUGUGGGAGUUGUGUACAAUACCCGCGAGCACAAGCAGAAAUUUUACCUGGGACACAACGAUGACAUAAUCAGCUUAGCUCUGCAUCCGGAGCGUGUGUUGGUGGCUACGGGACAGGUGGGCAAGGAACCUUACAUCUGUGUAUGGGACUCCUACACUGUGCAAACAGUGUCCAUCCUCAAGGAUGUGCACACACACGGCAUUGCCUGUCUGGCCUUUGACCUCGAGGGACAGUGCUUGGUGUCCGUGGGCUUGGACUCUAAAAAUACAAUCUGUGUUUGGGACUGGAGGAGAGGGAAGGUUCUGGCAGCUGCCCCCGGUCACACAGACAGGAUAUUUGACAUAUCGUGGGAUUUGUACCAGCCAAGCAAGCUUGUAAGCUGUGGUGUCAAACAUAUCAAGUUUUGGAGCUUAUGCGGUAAUGCUCUCACUCCAAAGCGCGGUGUCUUUGGCAAAACGGGCGAUCUCCAAACCAUCCUCUGCCUUGCAUGUGCCAAGGACGAGGUCACAUAUUCGGGUGCCUUGAAUGGUGACAUCUAUGUGUGGAAAGGGAUCAAUCUGAUGAGGACCGUGCAAGGAGCUCACGGGUCGGGGAUUUUCAGCAUGAAUGCCUGUGAGGAGGGCUUCGCCACCGGGGGCCGAGAUGGCUGUGUCAGGCUGUGGGAUCUCAACUUCAAACCGAUUACUGUCAUUGAUCUCAGGGAAACAGAUCAAGGAUAUAAAGGGCUCUCUGUGCGGAGUGUGUGCUGGCGAGGAGAUCACAUCCUCGUGGGUACGCAGGAUAGCGAGAUCUUUGAGGUUGUGGUCCACGACCGCAACAAGCCCUUCCUCAUCAUGCAGGGUCACUGUGAGGGAGAGCUGUGGGCACUGGCCGUGCACCCGACCAAACCUUUGGCUAUGACGGGAAGCGAUGACCGCUCAGUCAGGAUAUGGAGCCUUAUAGAUCAUGCAUUGAUAGCGCGCUGUAAUAUGGAGGAGCCUAUCCGCUGUGCUGCUGUGAGCACCGACGGCAUUCACCUGGCGCUGGGAAUGAAGGAUGGCUCAUUCACUGUUCUAAGGGUCAGAGAUAUGACCGAGGUGGUCCACAUCAAGGACAGGAAGGAGGCCAUCCAUGAGCUGAAGUAUUCCCCUGAUGGGGCCCAUUUGGCAGUUGGCUCCAAUGAUAACUCAGUGGACAUCUAUGGUGUGGUGCAGCGGUACAAGAAAGUGGGCGAGUGCAUUGGCUCCAACAGCUUCAUUACACACAUGGACUGGUCCACAGACAGCAAAUACCUGCAGACCAACAAUGGCAGUGGCCGGAGGCUUUUCUUCAGGAUGCCAAGUGGGAAGGAGGUGACGAACAGGGAAGAGCUGAAACUGGUACAGUGGGCUACAUGGACAUGUGUGCUGGGCCCAGAGGUUAAUGGAAUAUGGCCCAAGUACUCGGAUAUCAAUGACAUCAACUCUGUGGAUGCCAACUUCAACAAUCAAGUCUUAGUAACAGCCGAUGACUAUGGACUCGUCAAACUUUUACGGUAUCCAUGUGUAAAAAAAGGUGCAAAAUUUAAAAAGUAUUUAGGUCAUUCAGCCCACAUAACCAACGUGAGAUGGUCACAUGACUACCAGUGGGUGAUAACAAUAGGUGGAGCGGACCACUCCGUGUUUCAGUGGAAGUUUGUCCCUGAAAGAAAGUCCAAAGAAGCUCUGCAUAUUGCUCCGCAAGAGACCUUGGCGGACUCAAACAGUGAAGAGUCAGACUCAGAUCAGUCAGACGUACCUGAGAUGGACUCAGAAAUCGAGCAGGAGACACAACUCACGUAUCGACGACAGGUUUAUAAAGAAGAUCUACCUCAGCUCAAAGAGCAGUGCAAAGAGAAGCAUCGAGCAGCAGUCAUGAAGAAGAGGGAGAAAACACCAGGGAGUGGUGUGAAGCUGCAUUUCAUCCAUGGCUACAGAGGCUACGAUUGCAGGAGCAACCUGUUCUACACCCAGACUGGAGAGAUAGUCUACCAUGCAGCUGCUGUCGGGGUUGUGUACAACAGACAGCAGAAUACCCAGCGCUUCUACAUGGGCCAUGAUGAUGACAUACUCUGUCUGGCUAUCCACCCCCUCAAGGACUAUGUAGCAACAGGCCAGGUCGGCAGAGAUUCCUCCAUCCACAUCUGGGACACAGAAACACUGAAACCCAUGUCUGUGUUGAAGGGUUUCCACCAGCUCGGAGUGUGCACUCUGGACUUCUCUGCGGACGGCAAGCGGCUGGUCUCGGUGGGUCUGGAUGAAAACCACACCAUCGUGCUGUGGGACUGGAGGAAGGGGGAGAAGCUGUCUGCCAUGCGGGGAAGCAAGGACAAGAUAUUCAUUGUCAAAAUCAACCCUUACCUGCCUGACAAGCUCAUCACAGCUGGGGUGAAACAUAUGAAGUUUUGGCACAAGGCUGGUGGCGGCCUAAUUGGACGCAAGGGGAACAUGGGGAAGACGGAAACUAUGAUGUGUGCUGUAUAUGGCUGGUCGGAGGAGAUGGUGUUUUCCGGCACAUGCUCUGGGGACAUUUGCAUCUGGAGGGACAUGUUCCUGAUGAAGACUGUCAAGGCUCAUGACGGCCCUGUUUUCAGUAUGCACGCUCUAGAAAAGGGUUUCGUGACUGGGGGGAAGGAUGGCAUCGUAGCUCUGUGGGAUGACACAUUCGAGAGAUGCCUCAAGACCUAUGCCAUCAAGAGAUCAGUCCUGGCUCCAGGAUCCAAAGGGUUGCUGCUGGAAGACAACCCGUCCAUUCGUGCCAUAUCUUUGGGCCACGGCCACAUCCUGGUGGGGACCAAGAACGGCGAGAUCUUAGAGGUGGACAAGAGUGGUCCCAUCACUCUGCUGGUCCAGGGUCACAUGGAGGGUGAAGUGUGGGGCCUGGCUACUCAUCCCCAUCUCCCACUCUGUGCCACUGUCAGUGAUGACAAAACCCUGCGCAUAUGGGACCUCUCACCCAGUCACUGCAUGCUCGCUGUACGCAAGCUCAGAAAAGGUGAGUCAGUACUUCAACACAAAUACGUGAGCAGAUUUUCUGUAUUUGUUCAGGAAUCGGUCAGAGCGGAUGUCCACUAUAGUCCCGCGGCUUUAACAAGUACCUUCCUCUUCACAGGUGGUCGAUGCUGUUGCUUCUCUCCUGAUGGUAAAGCAUUGGCAGUGGGUCUGAAUGAUGGCAGCUUCCUUAUUGUGAACGCAGACACUUUGGAGGACCUGGUGUCAUUCCACCACCGCAAAGACAUCAUAACUGAUAUCAGAUUCUCUCCAGGUGCUGGGAAGUACCUUGCUGUAGCAUCAGCAGACACUUUUGUGGAUAUUUACAACGUGAUGAGCAGCAAAAGGGUCGGAGUCUGCAAAGGAUGCCUCAACUAUAUCAGCCACCUGGACUGGGACAAGAGAGGAAAACUGCUGCAGGUCAACACAGGUGCUAAAGAGCAGUUUUUCUUUGAAGCUCCCCGCGGCAAGAGGCAGACCAUUCCGACUACGGAGGUGGAGAAGAUUGACUGGACCACGUGGACGUGUGUCCUCGGGACGUCCGUUGAGGGCAUCUGGCCCGUGAUCAGCGAGGUCACAGAAGUGACCUGUGCCUGCCUUAGUACUGACAGGAAGGUGCUGGCAACAGGAGAUGAUUUGGGAUACAUUAAACUCUUCAGGUAUCCUGUCAAGGGGAAAUACGCAAAGUUCAAACGCUACGUGGCUCACAGUGCACACGUCACCAACGUGCGAUGGACCCAUGACGACAGCCUCUUGGUGACGGUGGGCGGAGGUGACACAUGCCUCAUGAUCUGGGCCCACGAGCCCGAGGGCCGGCGGGAAUUCAAACAGUGCGACAGCGAGGAGUCGGACAUCGAGAGUGAGGACGACGGAGGUUAUGACAGCGAUGUGAUGAGAGAGAACGAGAUCAACUACACCAUCAAGGCCUUAUCCACCAACAUGCGACCCAUGACUGGGGUGAAACCUCAUCUGCAGCUGAAAGAGCCCUCGGUGGAUGAAAGACAGGGCGUGGUCAGAGGAUCCAGGCCUCCUGUCAGCAGAGCACUGCCACAGCCAGAGAAGCUGCAGACCAACAAUGUUGGCAAAAAGAAGAGACCCAUUGAGGACCUUGUGUUGGAUCUGGUCUUCGGUUACCGUGGCAACGACUGCCGCAAUAACGUGCACUACCUGAACGAGGGGGCGGACAUCAUUUACCACACAGCCUCGAUUGGCAUCGUGCUCAACUUGACAACCUCUUGCCAAAGUUUCUAUGUAGAACACAGUGACGACAUUUUGUGCCUGACAAUCAAUCAACACCCCAAAUUCCCCAAUGUUGUGGCAACAGGCCAAGUAGGUGACACUGGUGACAUGUCAGCCACGUCUCCAUCUAUUCACGUGUGGGAUGCCAUGACCAAGCAAACGCUAUCAGUGCUGCGCUGUUUCCACGCUGGCGGAGUGUGUUCUGUCAGCUUCAGUGCCACAGGUAAACUCCUGUUGUCUGUGGGCCUGGACCCUGAACACACAAUCACCAUCUGGAAGUGGCAGGAAGGUGCCAAAGUGGCCAGUCGGAUAGGUCACACCCAGAGGAUUUUUGUAGCUGAGUUUAGGCCGGACUCAGACACACACUUUGUGUCUGUGGGGAUCAAACACGUGCGUUUCUGGACGCUGGCUGGUCGAGCUCUGCUCAGCAAGAAGGGCGUGCUGAGCUCGAUCGAGGAUGCCCGCAUGCAGACCAUGCUGUCUGUGGCAUUUGGAGCUAAUAACUUGACAUUUACAGGUACCAUAAGUGGGGAUGUGUGUGUGUGGAAGGAACACAUUCUAGUCAGAAUAGUGGCUAAAGCUCACACGGGCCCAGUGUUCACCAUGUACACCACACUGAGAGACGGCCUCAUUGUCACUGGAGGCAAAGAAAGACCGUCGAAGGAGGGCGGUGCUCUAAAGCUCUGGGACCAGGAGCUGAAGCGCUGCAGGGCCUUUCGGUUAGAAACUGGACAGAUCAUAGACUGUGUGCGCUCUGUUUGCAGAGGGAAGGGUAAAAUCCUGGUGGGCACCAGGAAUGCAGAGAUCAUUGAAGUAGGGGAGAAGAAUGCCGCAUGCAACAUUCUGGUGAACGGACACAUGGACGGGCCUAUCUGGGGCCUGGGCACGCACCCGUCCAGAGACGUAUUUCUGUCUGCCGCAGAGGACGGCACUGUUCGUCUGUGGGACAUCCCAGAGAAGAAGAUGCUAAAUAAGGUGAACCUGGGCCACGCGGCACACACCAUCAGCUACAGCCCAGAGGGAGACAUGGUGGCCAUCGGCAUGAAAAACGGGGAGUUUAUUAUCCUGCUUGUUGCCUCACUCAAGAUCUGGGGCAAGAAAAGGGACCGGCGCUCCCCUAUCCAAGAUAUCAGGUUCAGUCCAAAUUCCCGAUACUUGGCCGUCGGCUCCGCAGAGAACGCAGUGGACUUCUACGACCUGACUAUCGGCCCGCAGCUGAACCGCAUCAACAGCUGCAGGGACAUCCCCAGCUUUGUGAUGCAGAUGGACUUUUCUGCCGACAGCAGUUACAUCCAGAUAUCCACAGGUGCUUAUAAACGACUCGUGUACGAGGUCCCAUCUGGGAAACAGGUCACAGAGCAGACUCACAUUGACAGGAUCACAUGGGCCACAUGGACAAGUGUCCUCGGGGAUGAGGUCGUCGGGAUCUGGUCCCGUAACACUGACAAAGCAGACGUCACCUGUGCCUGUGUGUCCCACUCAGGCCUUAAUAUUGUCACAGGGGACGACUUUGGAAUGGUGAAGCUGUUUGAUUUUCCAUGUCCAGAUAAGUUUGCCAAACACAAGCGCUUUCUCGGCCAUUCCGCUCACCUGACAAACAUACGCUUCACAAAUGGAGACCACUUUGUCGUCAGUGCCGGCGGAGAUGACAGAAGCCUCUUUGUGUGGAGGUGUGUCCACGCUCCACACUGAGGCUCACUCCAGGACCGUCCUGCCUCAGAACGUCAGGGUUCCUCCCAGCAUGGCUCUCCAGAGAAAA